AAGGGACAGAGAGCAGCACCCUGCUAUAUUUCCUAAUCGUGGGGUUGGAGUGCUGGUGGUGGAGCUGAAGUGAGCUGGUCACGAUGCAGGUACUUCUCCAGUGCAGCAGGCUGGUCCUUGUUGUCACCCUCAUCCUGGUGUUGGAUUCUUCAGUUCAAGGUUUACCUGUGCAGAGAGCCAGGUACCAGUGGGUCCGCUGUAAUCCCGACAGCAAUUCUGCAAACUGCAUUGAUGAAAAGGGACCAACAUUCGAUCUAUCUCCAGGGGAAUCCAACAGAAUCCUCCCUCCAAGGACUGACCCUUCUUUGACGAGGAGAUCUGAGAACUUGAAUGAUGCCUUCCCUCUUUCUGAGGACUAUCCUGGAUCAGGCUCUGGAAGUGGCUCUGGAAGUGGCUUCCUAAGUAGAAUGGAAGAGGAAUACCAACCAGUAGAUAAUACUGAUGCUUUCUAUUACAACCUUAGGUCUCUGCCCUCAGACUACCAGGACUUGGGUCAAGAUGGACCAGAAGAGAAUUUUAUUAUAUAAAAGAGAGGAUUUCUCACCUUGAUUCCAGGCAAUGCAUUCAGUAUAUUUGGAGUGCCAUGGUUAAAUGAUUAAUUUUGGAACAAAAAGUUUUAUAGAAAGUUUAAAACAUCUGAAAAAGAAGUUUAAGUUUUAUCACCUUUUUACCUUUUUUGUCUCAUGAAUUCUUAAAGCUCCUUCAUCUAUACUGUCCUAGACAAUACCUGCAUUUUCUUUGUAUCACAUUCAACCAACAUCACAAUGAAAUUAACUCCCCAAGUCUAUAAAAUUGCUUUAAAGAAUAAAUUAUACUCUUCUUUAAAAAUUCAGUUUGAGAAACAAAUUGACAGGCAGUGUUUCUUACCUAAGUCUUUAGGAACUUGACUCUGUGAAUUACAGAUAUGCCCUUUUUAUGAAAAAACCCUGAUGAAACACACAGUGAAUUCAGAGUGAGUAUUUGACAUGUUUUAUGAUGUGAAAUGUACUGCUCUAAUAUUCCCAUUGGAUGUGUUUACAGAGCUAUUGAACAUGGCUUGUUUAAAAAUAUGAUUGCUGUUAUAAUUACAAAUGUAAGAGCCAAAUUAAAGCACAGUUGUGCUCUCAAUACCUCA